UGAGUAUUUAAUUGGUCUAGCCUGCUCAAUUUUUAAAACAUUUCGAAUUAGUUAUUUGUCUGACAUUUCAUACAAUUAAUAAUGUCUGCUAUCCAAUCCCCAUGCAAAUUACAACUACCUUCUAUCACACUUCAAAGUGGUAUGAACACUCCAUCAUCUCAUACACCAAAGUUAUUACAAAACUCAGCGAUUUUAAAAGCACCAGUCGCCAACGGACCUAGUGGAAUCCAAUACCACUGCGAAAUUUUAAUUUCAAAUGACCUUAUAGGAUGCGUGAUUGGAAGGGGAGGCAAUAAAAUCAACGAGAUUCGGCAGGCUUCUCAGGCCAGAAUUAAAAUUUCUAGUGGUGAGGAGGGUAUGAAUGUCCGCCGAGUAGUAAUCACAGGAACCCUGAGUGCAGUACAGUCUGCUCAUUCGCAGAUUAGUAACAGUAUUGAGUUACACAAGCAUAUAUUGGCAUUAAACAUCGCAAUGAAGAAUGUGUUUUCAUCAAGGAACGAAUUGAGUGAUGAGUUAACAAACCAGUCUAAUAAAUCAUCUAACCACUCUUCAGAUGAUACCAUAGAAAAUUCAGGAAUCAAUAUUAAUAAUGUCUUUCAAAAUCACACUUCAGAUCAAAUGAAUUUACGAAGAACAAUGAACGAUGUACCUGCUAGAUUAUCCGAUCCUCAGAACAUGAAACCUAUGUAUCCAUGUAGGAUACAGUCAGACUUAAGGAAAACUCAAGAUAUCAUUCAUCACUCAGCACCAGAGAGAAAAGGAACUACAUUUCGACACGAAAAAGAAUAUUCACCUUUCUCGUGGGAUCGUCAAGACACUGAUUUUCAAGUACCAAGAGAAUCAAGAACUGGAAGUAUCGCUCAAACAACACGAAUAAACACACCAAUUUUAUCUGCUGACUUAUUUCGACAGAAAGCUCAUUUGAAUGUGACAGACACGAAGCAACCUAGUCCACUUGACGUCCUAAACCUUAUUCAGAAGCUGAAAAACACUUCUUAAUAACUUAGAAUUAAUCCAACAUCAAUGAAAGGAACUGACAUCUAUUUAGGAGGUUCAAGUUGUAACUUCUCUCAGGAUUAGUACUAAUAAUUGAUUAUAUAUCUUUUUAUACAUCCUACAAGCCUUAAAAUUCGUUUUGAUAAUUGCCACUGUAACUUAUAUACCUUGAAACUUUGUAUCAACAUUGUAAUCAGACUAAAAUAUAGUAUCAAUCGAAUUUUCUACUGAAA